AGUGGCCAGCUGCCGGAAAAAAAUCUACUCAGUUCGUAUCGUGAUCCGUGGCAGGAUGGAAGUCAACGUGUUCUAUCUGGGCAUCGUUGGUGCCAUUCUCGGUGCAGUGUACUAUCUGAUAACGAAAAACCAUGGCUACUUCCAUGAGAAACCGAUCCCCUCGAUGCCGGUUAAACCCGUUCUCGGAAGCAUCGCUGACCUGAUGCUGCAGCGACAGUCAUUCUACCAAUUUAUGAAGAAGACCUACGACAAGUACGCCGGAGUGAAAGUAUUCGGCAUGUUCGAUCUUAUGACGCCGGUGUACGUCAUUCGCGAUCCGGAGAUAAUCAAACAGGUGGCCGUCAAGGACUUUGAUCACUUCAUCGAUCAUCUUCCGGUAUUCGGGAAUUCGAAUUAUGAUCAUCCGAACCUGAUCAGUGGCAAAUCUCUGUUUUCACUGACCGGUCAGCGAUGGAAAACUAUGCGAGCGACGCUAAGCCCGGCAUUUACCGGGAGCAAGAUGCGAUACAUGUUUGAACUGAUUGUGGAGUGCACUCAACGAGCGGUGAAGUAUUACGAAGAGGAAGCUGGAAAGAAAGGGGCUCAUGUGUACGAGAUGAAGGAUGUGUUCUCGAGGUUUGCGAAUGAUGUGAUUGCGACCUGUGCUUUUGGGCUACAAGUCGAAUCGUCGCGAGAUCGGAGCAACGAGUUCUUCGUGAAUGGGAAAAAGAUGUUGGAUUUCAGUAGGUCUACCGUGAUACUGAGGUUCAUUGGACAUCGAGUGGUACCGGCGUUGAUGGCCUAUUUCGGAUGGGAUGUUAUAGACGAGCAACAGAAUACUUACUUUAAAAAGUUGAUCCUGAACGCGAUCAAAGAACGGGAGCAGCGAAGUAUCGUCCGACCGGAUAUGAUAAAUCUGAUGAUUCAGGCUAAAAAAGGCACCCUUAAGCAUCAGAAGGAAAAUGACCAACUGACGGAAGGAUUCGCCACGGUGCAAGAGUCCGAAGUGGUUAAAUCUACGGACACCACAGUGAUGACAGACGUGGAGAUGGUCGCACAGUGCUUGAUCUUCUUUUUAGCUGGUUUCGACACUGUAUCGACAACGCUUUUGUAUAGCGCUUAUGAGCUAGCAAUGAACCAAGAUAUUCAGAAAAAACUACACGCCGAAAUCCAAGAAACUCGCUCUUCCUUGGGUGGUAAACCUCUGACGUACGAUGCGAUGCAGAAAAUGAAAUACAUGGACAUGGUGAUAUCGGAAGUGCUGCGUAUGUGGCCUCCGGCUCCAUCGGUCGAUCGUGAGUGCACCAAGGACUACGUGAUGGACGAAGGAAACGGCAAAAAGUACACGAUCGAGAAGGGGGCGGCCCUUUGGUUCCCAAUUCAUGGACUGCACCACGAUCCGGAGUACUUCCCUAAGCCGGACAUGUUCGAUCCCGAGCGAUUCAGUGACGAGCGGAAAGGAAGUAUUAAUGCGGGAGCUUAUAUACCGUUCGGCAUUGGUCCGAGGAAUUGCAUCGGGUCCAGGUUCGCCUUGGCGGAAGUCAAAACCAUACUGUAUUACAUGUUGGGAAGCUUCUCCUUUGAGCGGUGUAGUAAAACAGAAGUUCCGCCCACGGUGAUGAAAGGGUUUGACGUGGUUCCGUUGAAUGGGAUGCACAUCGAGUUUAAACCAAGAACUGAAGUAUAGUGAACAAACGUAUGAACAUGGAAUAUUUCUAAGUUUUUCCCUAAGAUUUGACAAUGCAUUCAAAGAAAAAAAAAACAAAAAUAAAAAAAAUAUCGAUGCAUGGUGUGCUGACUGAAAAUAAAAGUUUUAUGUAUUGAGGUUUUAUGUAUGUAUGUAUGUAUGUAGGCAAAAUAUAUAUUUCCUAACUAUCCAUAAUGUUAUUAUUUGUCCAAUUUAUUAAAAUUUUGAACUUUAAAUAGCUAGUCUCAAUUAUCAAAUUUAAAUGACUUUAGAAAGUGUGAACUAGUCGCAUGAGGUUGUGCUAACAAAGCGAAAUAAACUGCGUGUAAAAGGAA